CUGACCAAGAACGAGAGAAGCUGCUGGAGACUCCUAUGUACAACCCAUCGCCUACAGAACUACUGAAAGUUUAACAGCUACUUAUAAGGAGAAUACAGAGAAACAUUAACAUUAACAUGAAGAACUCAAUGACCUUUGAGGAACAGACAGAGACAAUUGUGGAAGCCUUGCUUAGUAAUUUCUUAGUGGAAGAUCGACCAAUAGCUUGUUAUUUUCGAGGUGGUCAGUAUGUGCCUGAAACAAGAGGUGCUACAAGCCCUUUUGACCCAGUUACUAUUGCCAGCCAACUGCAACACAUAGGAGAUCAAUAUAACAGGGACCUGAAUCAGCACAUUGAUACGCUCGCUGCAGAGAUGCUGGAAGGAAAGGUGGAGAAAUUUGGAGAAAUGGUGGAGUCUCUCAGCAAGGAAUGGAGUAGCCAUAGUCCUGGUCUGGAGUAUGAAAGAGCUUUCCUGGCUGUCUCUGUGAGGUUAUUUAAGGACCUUGUAAAAAAAAUUCCUCCUGUGGCUACCUCAGCUUUACUUGCAGGGCUAAUCAAUGGAAAUACCCAAGUGAGAGCCCAUAUUGAAGAGCGUGGUGGCUGGGAGAACCUUGAAAACUGAAGGGGAUUUUAAAAAGCUCCUAGAUCCUCACUUCCAAGAAAAGAAGCUUUGCUAUACUUUGCCACUUAGGUCUGGAAAGAGUACAGUGGAGUUGCACAGCAGUGGUGUGUUCAGCCCUCAAAAAAUUAAAAUGAGAA